AUGUGGUCCCAAAUUUUGCGAUGCACACAGCAAACGCUUGGAACUGUGGCAUUUUUCACUAAUUUUUUACUGAUAUGGCUGAUUAUGAUGAAAUCGCCAAAAGCCAUGUACACCUACAAACAUAUUAUGGUUUUUACUUCGGUUUUCGAGAUCUUCUACGCUUGGAUUGAUAUGUUUGUGGCACCGGAACUAAUCACCAAAAGAACAUACUGGAUCGCUGAAACGGAUACAACUAAAACCUGGCUACCAUUAUCGAUUGUUUAUCCAUUGUUGUUGGCUUGGGGAGGCUCAUUUGGAAUCGCCUUGGCCAGUUUUAUCGUUCAUUUCAUGUUCAGAUAUUUCACAAUUAUUGGAAAUAAAUUUUUGUUGUCUCAAAAGAAUUUUAUGGUCUACAUUUGGCUGAGUAUUCCAGUAAUUUGUGGAUUUUUCUAUGCACUUUUGACACAUAUUUUUCUACAGCAAAAUGAGAUAAUGGAUACACUGAUAUGGUAG